AUGUCUAAACGGAAAGUGUUAAAGUUGGAUGAUAGAGCUCGUGUGUUGGAAUUAAGUAAGAACAAAAGUGCUCAUAGAAUUGCUGAAGAAAUGGGCGUAGGAAAAACCCAGAUCCAAAACAUUCUGAAACGGAAAGCAGAAGUGUUUGAGGAUAUUGAAAACAAUGUUUCAGGUGAUCGUAAUCGUGUGAGGAGAGUAACUGUUCACGAGGAUGUAAACAAUUUGGUAUAUGAGUGGUUUGAGGACAUGACUGCCAGGAGAAUGCCCGUGUCUGGGCCUAUCUUGUGCACGCAAGCUCUUAAGUUCAUGAGUGAUCCUGGGGACAUUAACUUUAAGGCAUUGACGGGAUGGCUUGCUUUGUUCUUGAAAGGUAAUAACAUUGUGUUGGGGACAAUGUCUUGGGAGAGGGGAGAUGUCAAUAAAGACACGGUAACUGACUGGAAAUCAAAACUCCCAACAGUGUGUGAUGGAUCUGAUCCAAAGGAUAUGUUCAAUAUGGAUGAGACUGGUGAAGUGGAGACACAUGAGGCUUUUAGGAAACAUUUUGAUGAACAGGUAUCAUUGUAUAAGUUAAUCAACGUGAUAACAUUGGUAGAGUUAUCAGGGAAGGAGAAAGUUAUCGGGGAUGCUUACAUCGACAACGUGCUCAAAUAUAACUCUCAGGAUGUCACCUAUGUUACAUUCGAUUUCCACGAAUAUUGGUAA